AUGGCGGACGAGUCCUCACCUUUGCUAGCGAACGGGCCCACCGCCAAUCAUCCUCGAGUCUACACGGACGCGUCACAAGACACCGCCAGCCCAAAUUUGGCCGCCCAUGAUGAUGAGGAACGUGGUCACGAUGACCAUAAGCCACAGGUCUCCAUGGUCAAAAUUGUUGUACCAAUGGCGAUAGGAAUCUUUCUGGCUGCCAUGGACGGAACGAUAGUUGUCAGCUCGUACGCGGCCAUCGGUAGCGAAUUAAAUCAGUUACAAAGCACCAGUUGGAUCGCAACAGGCUAUAUGCUAACUUUGACGAGCUUCCAACCUUUGUAUGGCAAAAUGAGUGACAUAUUCGGACGCAAGAGCUGCCUGUUGUUUGCAUACAGUAUUUUCGCUUUGGGCUGCCUGCUGUGCGGCCUUGCACGCAACAUGAAUGAAUUAAUCGCUGCUCGGGCGUUCGCUGGUAUCGGAGGCGGGGGCAUGACAACUGUGGUAAGUAUUAUUAUGUCCGACAUUGUUCCGUUGCGGUCGAGGGGCACAUGGCAAGGUGUAUUGAAUAUCGUGUUCGCUACCGGAUCUGCAGCAGGUGCACCUCUCGGCGGGUUCUUGGCCGACAGCAUAGGGUGGCGAUGGGCCUUUCUUGUCCAAGUCCCAAUGACCCUCCUCGCAAUCGCGUCCGUCUCUCUCGCGCUUGACCUUCCCAAAGUAGAUUUUUCCGAUUUCCAUGCAAAGCUCAGGCGCGUCGACUUCCCCGGCGCUAUAACUCUCGUCCUCGCCGUCUUCUUCCUUCUCUUCGGUUUAGACCGCGGUGGUAAUAUUGCUUGGGAUGAUAAAUUCACUAUCGCCUCGCUUUCCGCUUUCGGCGCUCUUUGUCUUCUCUUCUGGACGAUUGAAAUGGAGAUUGCGAAGGAACCAUUUGCUCCUCGUCGCAUCAUCGUAAACCGGUCCUUGAUAGCUAGCUACCUCGUGAACUUCUUUGGCAUGGCUUCCGGACUGUCAUUACUCUUUCAUAUUUCACUGUGGCUGCAAGCAGUACAAGGCAAAUCUGCCUCUGCAGCAGGAGUGUGGUUGUUGUGGAGUAUCGGAGGAAGUGUCACUGGUAGUUUGGGCGGCGGACUCAUCAUGCAGGCGACGGGGAAGUAUUAUUAUUUGACUUUGGGUGCUUAUGUUGCUCUUUUUGGAGGUGGUCUGUUGAUCACGUUGGUGACUGGUCUGAUCACGACUUCCUUUGCUGGUCUCGCUAUUGGUAGCGGUGUUACCACAAGUCUCAUUGCACUCAUUGCCAACGCUGGUCCAAAGGAUCAGGCCAUCGCCACAGCUGUAUCCUACCUUUUCCGUUCUCUGGGCUCGGUAGUUGGGUUGUCUGUUGGGAGCUCAUUGGUACAAGGGACGUUACGUACUGCACUUCGAAAAAAGUUAGAUGGGACCGAUAUCGAGGAGCUCAUUCGACGCGUUCGGGAAUCCUUGACCUAUGUUGAUACACUCGAUCCCGGUACCCAGGCCGCCGUAAGGAGCUCGUACGCACAAGCGGUGCAUGUUACACUUCUUUUCACGACUUCUAUGGGUGCACUGGCCGCCAUCUCAGCUAUUUUCAUUAAAGAAAAGCCAUUAACUAGAUCACCACCAAAUUGA